CUGUUUUUUUUAAUAAACAAAAAAACACUUGCUUAUUAAAAUAUUAACAAACACUUGAUUUUGAAUAAAUAUAUUAACGUUGGAAUUAAUUCAUACUCUAUUAAGCAUAAUUAAACUAACAACAAUAUAAAAAUGAAUAAUUCAAACUAAAAUCAGAUUUCGCUUUUUGAAAGAAUUGAAAAUACAAGAAUUGAUUCUUCAAAAAUGUAGGAUAAAAUAAGGCAGCUUGACAAAGUUUUAGAUAAUAUUAGUAGAAUGAAACACUUAAAACUUGAAGAUGGGUCAAUUAAAUUAGAAGAAAAGAUUUUUAAAACAUUCUCAUUAAAUAUAAAAUUGAUUUCUAAUUAGAUUGGGAAAAUAUUUUAAGAAUACGAGGUUAUAUUUGACGAGCUAAAUAAUAAAGCAGAGGAAAUACAAAUUAAAAUGGAUACUAUACAAUAAAGUCAUAAUAUUUCUAUUAAUCAAUUGAAAUUAGAGUAAUAAAAAUAAAUCGAAGGCAUAUAAAAGGAAAUAUAAUUAAAAGAUGAAGACCAUUAAUUGAAUUUAAAAUAAUUAAAAGAGUUCUAUGAUAAAGCUAAGAGAGGAUGGACUAAUAGCGUUGACUAGUUUGAAAAUAGAGCUCAAACAUAAAAAUAAAACUUAGUUAAAACAACUAAAAAUUAUGAAGGAUUCCAAAAGGAACUUAAGAAGAAUUUUUUGUCCACAUUUGAAGAUAUGGAUUCUUUUAUAAGGCAAGCAAAAUAGAAAACUAAUGUACGCUCAAUUCAAUAAUAAAAACUACUAAAUAAGGAACCUUCUUUGUGCUAAAAAUGUUUGAAUAAAUAAAAUUGUGAAAAUAAGGAGAAUAUAUGCCCAUAAUGUCUACCAAGAGGGAAUAAAAAAUUACAUAACAGAAACUUGGAAUUAAAUAAUCAAAGUUCUAUUAAUAUGAGUAUGACUAUGCCUCCUAACAAUUUAUUUGGAAAACUAUCUCCUAUCCAUGCAAAUAACAAUCCUUUUUAUUCUAGUAACAUUCUAAAAGAAAGAGAUCUUAAUAUACCAUAGAAUAGAGAUUAAAAUAUUUUUAAUAGAUUCCCCUUUUAAAAAUCUUAAAAAGAAGCUGAAGGUAUAGAUGACUCAUAAAACAAUUAAAACUCAUACAAUUCGUCCGUAUCAUUUGAUAAUUAAAUUUUUAAUGAGAUUGCAGGAGGUGGCUAAUACAAAUCUUAGCUAUCUUCUUCAAAGAAUGAAGAUAAAUAUGAGUCUUAGUUAGAAGAUGAUGAAGAAAAAGCAACCAGGGAAUUAUAAAAUUUUUUAAAGAAGGCUAUAUUAUUUAUUUCUAAAAAUAUAAAUAUACUUCAAGACAUUGUUUAGCCCUAAAGUGAAGAGAGAGUAGGAUAUAUAGAAAUCCUUAUAGAGCAGAUUUAUUAGAAAGUAAAAGAUGAAAUAAAUAAAGAAAAAGAGCUUGAAAAUUAAAGAAUUCAAAAUAUAUCUAAAGAAUUUAUUCUAGAUGCACAAACUAAAGAAAAAACCAUAGCAAGAAUCCUUUAAUUUAGGAGAAGAGACGAAUAAGAUAUAGAUAUGUCUUUUGCAUCUAAAAGAUUAUCAUCCAGGAGUGAUUAAUCUGAGGUUGAACCAUAAUUUGAGCAUCAUGUAUAAUAAGAUGAAGUAUUUGCUGUUAGAACAAUAGAGGAGCAAUUAGAUGAGAUAUUUCCUUCAUCUUUAAAUAAUGAUAAUAAUUUUGUAUACAAUAAUAAUAUGUAAUAAUCUAUCAGAGACUUAAUUUAAAGAAACAAUGAGUUAUUGCUAGCUACCAAUUAAUUACACUAGGAGAAUUUAUAAAAUCUAUAACAACCUAGUGAUGAAAAAGAAAGAAUAAUAAAUGCUGCCUUAUAAAAUAAAAUCCCUAUAAACUGA